GCGCUCCCCCCCCCUUCAGGAAAAGGAAGUGCUGUGGAAGUGUCACAGGCUGCCUGAGGCGAGAGAGGCCCGAAAGGGACUGUGAUAGAAGGUGUUCACUAGGUCGGUGCUCUGGCUGCCCUGGUAUUCUGUGAUGCGCUCCAGUUGGUAAGGACACUGGCUCUGAGGGCCUCGGGCCUCGGGCCACGGGCCUCGGCGACCAUUGGCAGAGGAGGGUGUGACCCUGCACGAGGCAGGCAAGUAGGCCUCGGCUGGCUCCUGAGUAGAUAUCGGGGAGUCUCCCCUAAGCCUCGGCUAGGAGGAGGCUCCGGAGGGCAGCGAGUCCGAGGGACUCGCUUCCCCCGCCUGGGUGGAGAGAGGGGCUCAGGGAAGCUGUGGGGAGGGAAAGAGUGCAGGUCCUGUACAUUUACCUUUGUAUCUCUUUUGGUUGUUUAUUGACAAAGGGGUCCCUGUGUCCUUGAAAUAACAAACAAGCAGGGUCCUCUCCAGAGUGUGUGGCACUCAUAUUACCAUUACCAGUUCAUUUCCAAUUCAUUACCAGUGACACAGUGCCAGGGGCCGAGUCAGCCCAAAACUGCUCAGUCCUCUGGGGAAUUACAGGGAACACAGGGCAGUGCUUUGCGUGCUCAUUAAGGGCACCUUCCAUGCACGGGCCACUCCCACCCGGGAAAGGGCAGAAAACCAGCACGAGGGGUCCACGUGGAGGCCUGCAGGAGAGGGCCAGCUCCACAGCCCUCACUGCAUACCUGACAGGACAGGGUGCCACACCACUGUUGUUAUCCUCCAUGAACCUACCUGCUCUGGUACCUGUUCCUAAGACUCUCCUUGAAUUUCUUUUCUAUGCCAUGGAAGUAACAAGGUGUAGGAGUUAGGGUUCACACCUUCGCACAGUCGACAUGCCACCCAAGGGGAAGAAGGCUAAAAGCAAAAGUGUGAAGCGCCCACAGGAUUCUUCGGAUACUCAAUCUGAUGAUGUCAUCCAGCGCAGAGUUCCCCGCACACCAGAGCAGCCCGUGGUGAUCGAGAUCAGUGAUGAGAGUACUUCAUCAGAUCAAGAUGAUCAGCAGGCAAGGGAAUCUGUUCAGAAGACGGCAAAAAAACGUCAAGGUGACGUUACAGAGUCACACCUUGCAAAGAAAAAACAGUUUUGUCAAGAUGUAGUAACUUCUGUUAAGCGCCUGAGUGAAAAACUUGUCAGCAUUUAUAAAAGGCAAAAAAGGGAAAGGACUAUGUUCCAUUCCAACUAUUCUAAGAGCCUCCAGUCUUUGUUUCAACAGUGGGACAUGAGUGUGGAAAAAGUUGGGCAAGAAGAAGACAGUUUUAUUAAUUCAUCCCAUCAACAUGAGAAGAUAAUUUAUAACACUAUGAUGGCUCAGAAAGCAACCAUAGAUCAAGCAAAAGCUAUUUCUGAUCAAUUUCUAAAGAAUAUCCAAGAACUUGAGGAGAAGCACAAACUUCUCGACGCUCUUGAGCAAAACAGAUUGGAAAACGAAAUGAAAAACCUGAAGAAGAAGCUUGUGGCAGAUAAUCAUCAACAGGACUUGGCAGUUUUAGAAUCCUGUCUUCAUUCUAUGUUCUCCUAGAACAGUGAAGAAGAUAAGCUGUGAUCGUAUGUCAUGUGACAUACAUAAAACAUUCCAUACACUACCAAAUAUUAUGGUAGAAAUUGGCCCAUAUCAUUUGUCAUUCUUUUGUUUGGUACACAUCCGACUCCAUGUCUCUUAAAUAUCAAGUGAGCUCUGAGCAGUUUGAUAGGUUGCAGCCAUGACAAGAUAGUAAAUGUUGAAUUAUCAGGCCCUUUGGCAGAAACAGAGAAGCACUCUCACUAACCCUAAAAAUUAGAUUUGGCAGUACAGGGUACCAGUUAACUCACUGGCCUUAUAAAAACUCUACUGCAACUUACAUUUGUCUUGUAGAAAGCAAAAUCCAACUGCUAUAACUUACCACAAAUUGAAAAGAGAAAAUCCCCUGCAGAUCUUGGGGCUAGGGUGGGGUUGGGGGGAGCAGGUUUGUGGUAUUUGCAGGUAGCUAGUGUUCAUGUAAUUGGUUUUAUGUAGCUGUUUAAUGACACUAGUCCUUAGUGUCGAUCAAUGGCAUUUGUUUUAUGUAUAGUUAUGCUUAAUUUCUUAACUCAGUAUUCCACUUCUGCCCUUUGGUCACAUGCUUUGUGGAGUGCUUUGUUUUUCAAGUUACAUUAUCAGUGAGUGAGCAGAAGUUUCUGUAGUUAUGUAUUUAACUCAUGAAUUACUGAUUCACUGUCUUGACUUUCCUCUUACAUUUUUUUGCAUUAAAUAACAUUCAAACCUUCCGUGUAAACACUUUGUUUAAUAAACUUGAAAUUGGUUUGUAAUCUA